AGAAGCGGCUGCGUCUCCUCACGUCUCGUGGCUUCGCUGGUUCAGUCGUUUUGGGAGGUUCUCGAGUCUGGUCACGACCGUCACCAUGGAGGUGUCACCAUUGCAGCCUGUAAAUGAAAAUAUGCAAAUGAACAAAAUUAAGAAAAAUGAAGAUGCCAAGAAAAGAUUGUCCAUUGAAAGAAUUUAUCAAAAGAAAACCCAGUUGGAACAUAUAUUGCUCCGCCCAGACACCUACAUUGGCUCUGUGGAAUUAGUGACCCAGCAAAUGUGGGUUUAUGAUGAAGAUAUUGGCAUGAACUACAGGGAAGUCACUUUUGUUCCUGGUUUGUAUAAAAUCUUUGAUGAGAUUCUAGUUAAUGCUGCGGACAACAAACAAAGAGAUCCAAAAAUGUCUUGCAUUAGAGUCACAAUUGACCCACCAGCAGGUGGACGAAAUGGCUAUGGAGCCAAACUGUGUAACAUAUUCAGUACCAAAUUCACUGUGGAAACAGCUAGUAAAGAAUACAAGAAAAUGUUCAAGCAGACAUGGAUGGAUAACAUGGGGAGGGCUGGCGAGAUGGAGCUCAAGCCCUUUAGUGGAGAAGAUUAUACAUGUAUCACCUUCCAGCCUGAUUUAUCCAAGUUUAAAAUGCAAAACCUAGACAAAGACAUUGUUGCACUGAUGGUGAGAAGAGCAUAUGAUAUCGCUGGCUCCACUAAAGACGUCAAAGUCUUUCUCAAUGGAAAUAAGUUGCCGGUCAAAGGAUUCCGUAGCUAUGUGGAUAUGUAUUUAAAGGAUAAGUUGGAUGAAACUGGUAACCCAUUGAAAGUAAUACACGAACAAGUAAACCACAGAUGGGAGGUGUGUUUAACAAUGAGUGAAAAAGGCUUCCAGCAAAUUAGCUUCGUCAAUAGCAUUGCUACUUCCAAGGGUGGCAGACAUGUGGAUUAUGUAGCUGAUCAGAUUGUGGCCAAGCUUGCUGAUGUAGUAAAGAAGAAGAACAAGGGUGGUGUUGCUGUGAAGGCACAUCAGGUGAAAAACCACAUGUGGAUUUUUGUGAACGCCUUAAUUGAAAACCCGACCUUUGACUCUCAGACAAAAGAAAACAUGACUUUGCAAGCCAAGAGCUUUGGGUCAACAUGCCAGUUAAGUGAGAAGUUCAUCAAAGCUGCAACUGGCUGUGGUAUUGUAGAAAGCAUACUGAACUGGGUGAAGUUUAAGGCCCAGGUCCAGUUAAACAAGAAAUGUUCAGCUGUAAAACACAACAGAAUCAAGGGAAUUCCCAAACUUGAUGAUGCCAAUGAUGCAGGAAGCCGAAACUCCGCUGAGUGUACACUUAUUCUGACUGAGGGGGACUCAGCCAAAACGUUGGCCGUUUCAGGCCUUGGUGUGGUCGGAAGAGACAAAUACGGGGUUUUCCCUCUUAGAGGAAAAAUACUCAAUGUCCGAGAAGCUUCACAUAAACAGAUCAUGGAAAAUGCUGAAAUUAAUAACAUCAUCAAGAUUGUGGGUCUUCAGUAUAAGAAAAACUACGAAGAUGAAGAUUCGUUGAAGACGCUUCGUUAUGGGAAGAUAAUGAUUAUGACCGAUCAGGACCAAGAUGGUUCCCACAUCAAAGGCUUGCUGAUAAAUUUUAUCCAUCACAACUGGCCCUCUCUUCUUCGACAUCGUUUUCUGGAGGAAUUUAUUACUCCCAUUGUAAAAGUGUCUAGAAAUAAGCAGGAGCUGGCGUUCUACAGCCUUCCCGAAUUUGAGGAAUGGAAGGGUUCUACUCCAAAUCAUAAGAAAUGGAAAGUCAAGUAUUACAAAGGUUUGGGAACAAGCACAUCAAAGGAAGCUAAGGAGUACUUUGCAGAUAUGAAAAGACAUCGUAUCCAAUUUAAAUAUUCUGGGCCUGAAGAUGAUGCUGCCAUUAGCCUGGCCUUUAGCAAAAAGCAGACGGAUGAUCGAAAGGAGUGGUUAACUCAUUUUAUGGAAGAUAGAAGGCAGCGGAAGUUACUUGGUCUGCCUGAGGAUUAUUUGUAUGGGCAAACUACCACUUAUCUGACAUAUAAUGACUUCAUAAACAAGGAACUUAUUCUGUUCUCAAAUUCUGACAAUGAGAGAUCUAUCCCAUCGAUGGUAGAUGGUUUGAAACCAGGUCAGAGAAAGGUUUUGUUUACUUGUUUCAAGCGGAAUGACAAACGAGAGGUGAAGGUUGCCCAGCUAGCGGGGUCAGUAGCAGAAAUGUCCUCUUACCAUCAUGGCGAGAUGUCACUAAUGAUGACCAUCAUCAAUUUGGCUCAGAAUUUUGUAGGCAGCAAUAAUCUGAACCUCUUGCAACCCAUUGGUCAGUUUGGUACCAGGCUGCACGGUGGCAAGGAUUCUGCUAGUCCUCGAUAUAUCUUCACAAUGCUCAGCCCUUUGGCUCGGUUGUUAUUUCCACCGAGAGAUGAUCACACUUUGCGAUUCUUGUACGAUGACAACCAGCGCGUUGAGCCCGAAUGGUACAUCCCCAUCAUACCCAUGGUGCUGGUGAAUGGCGCUGAAGGGAUCGGCACUGGGUGGUCCUGCAAAAUCCCCAACUUUGAUGUUCGUGAAGUUGUGAACAACAUCAGGCGCUUAAUGGAUGGAGAAGAGCCUUUGCCAAUGCUUCCAAGUUAUAAGAACUUCAAGGGUACUAUUGAAGAGCUGGCCCCAAAUCAGUAUGUGAUUAAUGGUGAAAUAGCUAUUCUGAAUUCUACAACCAUUGAAAUCUCAGAGCUUCCCGUCAGAACAUGGACCCAGACAUACAAAGAGCAGGUUCUAGAACCCAUGUUGAAUGGCACCGAGAAGACACCGCCUCUCAUAACAGACUAUAGGGAAUACCACACAGAUACCACUGUCAAGUUUGUUGUGAAGAUGACCGAAGAAAAGCUGGCGCAGGCAGAAAGUGCCGGGCUACACAAAGUCUUCAAACUCCAAACCAGUCUCACCUGCAACUCCAUGGUGCUCUUUGACCAUGUAGGCUGUUUGAAGAAAUAUGACACAGUGUUGGACAUCCUGAGAGACUUCUUUGAACUCAGGCUUAAAUACUAUGGAUUAAGAAAAGAAUGGCUCCUAGGAAUGCUUGGUGCUGAGUCCUCUAAAUUGAACAACCAAGCUCGCUUUAUCUUGGAGAAAAUAGAUGGCAAAAUAAUCAUUGAAAAUAAGCCAAAGAAAGAAUUAAUUAAAGUUCUGAUUCAGAGGGGAUAUGAUUCAGAUCCUGUGAAGGCCUGGAAAGAAGCCCAACAAAAGGCUCCAGAUGACGAGGAAAACGAAGAAAGUGACAGUGAGAGGGAGGCUGCAAAGGGUGACUCUGCCGCAGACACUGGGCCGACAUUCAACUACCUCCUUGACAUGCCCCUCUGGUACCUGACCAAGGAGAAGAAGGAUGAGCUGUGCAGGCAGAGGAGCGAGAAGGAGCAAGAACUGGAUACAUUAAAGAAAAAGAGUCCAUCAGAUCUAUGGAAGGAAGACUUGGCUGCCUUUAUUGAAGAACUAGAGGCUGUUGAAGCCAAAGAAAAACAAGAUGAGCAAGCUGGACUUCCUGGGAAAGGUGCGAAAGCCAAAGGGAAGAAAGCACACCUGGCUGAAGUGCUGCCUUCUCAGCAGGGAACAAGAGUCAUUCCUCGAGUGACUGUAGAGAUGAAAGCGGAGGCAGAAAAGAAAACUAGGAAGAAAGUGAAGAGUGAAAAUACUGACGGGACUCCUGCAGAGGACGGCGUGGAACUGGAAAGCCUGAAGCAACGAUUAGAAAAGAAACAGAAGAAAGAACUAGGUACCAAGGCAAAGAAACAAACUACAUUGCCAUUUAAACCUAUCAAAAAAGGAAAGAAGAGAAACCCCUGGUCUGAUUCUGAAUCAGACAUGAGUAGUGCUGAAAGUAAUUUUGAUGUCCCGGCGCGAGAAGUGGAGCCACGGAGAGCUGCAGCAAAAACCAAAUUCACAAUGGAUUUGGAUUCAGAGGACGAUUUCUCAGAUUUUGAUGAAAAAGUUGAAGACGACGAUUUUGUCCCAUCAGGCGCUAGUCCUCCUGAGGCCAAGACACUCCCAAAACUUACUAAAAAAGAACCAAAGCCACAGAAAAGUACUGUGUCAGGCCUUCAGCCCGAGGUUGCCAAGGACGGAGCCCCAGCUUCCUCCAGCCCUCCUGCUGACUUCCCCACCGGAAGUGACGUUACGAAGCCGCCUCCUGAAAGAAGCAUUCCAGUGAAGAAGAGGGCAGCGAAAGGUCCACCUUCUGCCUCUGCCGCUGGUGCCAGAAAGAGGGCCGCCCCGAAAGGAGCCAAGAGAGCCCCUGCCUCGAAGCCCGAGGCCUCUGAGAAGCCUGAUCCCGCCAGAGCCAAGAACCAACGCAAGAGGAAACCAUCUGAUUCUGACUCUGAUUCUAAUUUUGAGGAAGUCAUUCCUAAAGGAGCCAUAAGCAAGAAACCCAAGGCGGAGAGCGGCGGCUUCCACGCGGCCCUGGAGCCCCGGGCCAAGUCGGGCCGGGCGCGGAAGCCCAUAAAGUACCUGGAGGAGUCCGACGAAGACGACCUGUUCUGAACUGCAGGCCUAUUUCACAGGAUGGCUUCACUGAGCCCAAGCCUGGUUCAAAAGUUUGCUGAAGGUCUUGGCUUCCUUCCUAAGUUCAGUUUGGAAAGGUACUUGUUUGCAGGACCAUCACUGAAAGAAAAAGAAAGUAAAAGGGCGCCCUCGGAGGUGGCGCCCUAGCUCCUGUCCCACGAGCAGCCUGCUGGCUGUCUUCCCUUUUGUCUUUGUUGUGUGUCUUCUUUGAUCUCUAAAACAUGGCGUUAGCCUCACCCGACUCGGCGAGUUAUGUGGUCACUGCAGCCGAAAACAGUUUGUCUGCUACUCUAAGCGCAAGACAAGCGCUGUGACCUCAGGAGUGAAGUCCGAGCGUGGUUAGUGGUGCUUUGCUGGACCUUACAGACAAACGUGACAGUUCUGGUGCACACACUGCGUGGCCUUCUCUCUGCUGAACUCGUGCUUAAGCAAUAGAAAAUUGCUCAUAUCCAUUUAAAUUCACCAGAGAGCAGAGAAGACCACCUGACUGUCGCAGGACCGGCUGGCACCAGCACGACCACCUCCGCUCAGCCCGCGCACUGCUGCGGGGUCAGAAUCCGCCCUGAGCGGACCUCCCGCGGAGGCCGUGCUGGCAGUGGCUGCUGGUCUGUCCGGGCGGUCUCCUGAAUUGAACCUGUGACCCCUUUUGAGGCCUUUCUCCAUGUUAUGUGUUCCUUAAGUGAUGUUCUCAAUGUUUCUGUAAAUAUUUACUGCGUCUUAACUCAUCUCCAGAAAUUUUAUACUGUAAUAAAAUGUUCUAAACAUCACAACUUAUGCUUGCCCUUUUAUAAAACCU